AUGGAUUCCAGGCAAAUCUUCAAAGCUGCUGGAUUCGUCAUCUUGACAUCCAUUGCCAUUCCUGCCAAUUUGCUCGUCUGUAGCACCUUCCUGCACUCCUUACUGAUGGACGGCAAACUCCUUACCACUGACAUCAUCUUGUGCCACCUGGCCUUUGCAAACCUGAUGGUGACUUUCACACGUGGCAUCCCGCAGACGUUGACCGCCUUUGGAUACAGAAAUCUCUUUGAUGAUAUUGGGUGCAAAUUGAGUCUUGUGUGCUUUCGCAUUUUCCGAGGUCUCUCCAUCAGCCUCACCUGUCUGCUCAGUGCCUACCAGGCUAUAGCAGUUUCCCCGGCGUCCUCCAGGCUGGCCCUGCUAAAGCUCAGGAUCCCCCAAUACCUAAUUCACAUCAUAACAUUCCUCUAUGUGCUUUGGUAUGCUUUAAAUGCUGACACAGUCUUGUAUUCGGUGUCCACCAUUGUCAACAAUACUGUUCCUCCAUAUACUUUCAAUUUACAAUACUGUUUUGUCAUCUACCCUGAUUACAUUAUUUUUUUUAUUCAGGGACUAAUAAGUCUAUUUAGUGACCUUACCUUUAUACUAUUAAUGACCGUGAUGAGUGCAUACAUUUUGUUACUUCUUUAUUUCCAUAGCAAAAAGGUCAAGAGCAUCCGGAGCUCAGAUCAUAAAUCAGGACAGACACCGGAAACGAAAGCCUCCCGAGCUGUGGUCACCUUGGUCAUCCUCUAUAACACCUUCUAUGGAAUUGACAAUGCCAUCUGGGUUUAUUCUCUGACUGUUGUGAGAGUGGUGCCACUUUUGUCUGACAUCCGUGUUUUUUUUGCCACCCUUUACACCUCGGUGUGCCCCAUUGUGGUCACCAUCACCAAUCCUAAGGUUAAAAACAAACUAAAAGUAAUUAAACCAGGAAGAUCGACUCAUGUGGCAGAGAUGGUCACCUCAGUAUCAUAAGAAGGGGAUUUUUGUUGUUGUUUUCAUACAUUUUCUAAACUUUGCCCUGGUCAGCAUCACAGGGGUAAUAAAUUCACAUUUCAAAACUGCACCCUUUGGUG